GGUUCUCCUACAAAGCUUUCCCGCCCGGCGAAGGGAGGCAGUGGGGCUGCGGCGUGGAAUCUAAUUGGCACGCCACGCCCUCGUCGAUUUUUUUGUCCGUGUGUUUAUUUGGUAUGCCCCCCGUGUCAAAUUGAAAAAAGCCCCGGGCGCCACUGCAGCAGCGAGGGUAGCUAGCAGAGCAGCCCUGGUCGGUGGGGUUCUCCUCUUGUCGUAAAAGCGGCAUAAGUGUUCACCACCCGGACGCGAUACACUCCUUCACAUCCCUCAGGCUGAGCUGUCACGGCGGUCGUUUCGUCGCCAGUUUGACGUUUUGUCUGUCAUGUUGAUCAUCAGCAAGUAUUGACGCGGGUGUUGAUCGAAGUUUUCAGAUAUGUAAAUUGGCAGGCAAGCCGGAACGGAUACGGGGCGGGGCCAGGAGGGCUCCUGCUGGGGGGAAAUCUUUAUCUGGACGUAGACAGGAGGACAAGAGCAACUACAAUGACGCAGAUUAUGUGCUCACCGGGUCGGCGGCGUUUCGCGAGCGGGUGUUGAGGAUGUACGGUUUUGAAGUGGAGUACAGUGGUGUCAGCAGAAGUAGAGCUGCGGUCCUCGCUGAACAGGAUUCAUCGAUAAAAGCUACAUCCUCGACUUCUGUGCAAAAUAGUAGUGUUGCUGGGGAAGAUAAAGAUGAAGAUCACCUUCCACAGGAGAAGCAACCGGUAGAACCAGCGCGGGCGUCCGGCGACAUCGAGGUGGGGAGUGGGGAAGUUGUUCUUGCUCGGGUGGAGGGGUGAUGUGGUAUAUUAGAGAAUAAAGAGCUACGACGUCGGUCGACGUGCUGUCGACCUGCACGAAAUGGGAAUAAAGAAUGACGUACAAUACCGAAGUUUUUGUUUUACAUAUUCCUCAUGAAGAAUAAAGAACAUCAGAUGCAGAUCACGUCGCAGCACUAAGAACGCGCUCGUUACGUUACCCUGAUCACACAACGAAGCUGAUGAUUUUUUUACCAUGACUGCAAGUCACUUCGCACUCGAAAGGGAACAUGAAGAUUGGUUAUACGCACCACGCAGAUGAUGUAUUUUCAAACAACAAGUAAUGACCGCAUGUGAAGAAAAUGGAAAUAUCAAGACGAUAAACAACACGUAAGUAAUAACCGUACGUGAAGAGAAUGGAAAUAUCAAGACGACAAACACAGAUAGCACAAGAGCACGUCAUGAUCGUACUACAAGAAGACGAAGAACGAGAAUUAACAUGACGCAACGCCAACCCAAAAGGUUGUUGCACAGUUCGAAGAUCCGUCAGCGCAUCCGCCGUACGGCAAUUGUGUUCAUGAUUUUGAAAGAGAUCCGCGUGGACACUGUUGGUCGCCUUAACAAAAA